AUGAUACACGCCAGAAGCCGGGGUUUUUCUUUGGCUCGAGCGGCGCAGAUCCGUUUCCGCAGCAAGUAUGCCUUUUAUGAUCUCGUGCUAGAAACACCCACUCAUCCGCGAGAGCCCAUCGAAGCUCUGCUCAUGAAGGAAGAUGAAAAGAAGCAGUUGAAAAAAGAGAGCGGCGCCACGUUUGAAGGCGCCUACUCGUUGGAUAACAUGACCGCUGAGGAGAAGAUUGCUCGUGUUUUCGGUGGCAGGAUCCGUGGUGACCGCAGAGAAAGCUCGAGCAGAAUGAAUGUCGGAAAACCGAGAGUCAUUGCCGGAGUUCAAGUUCCUGCCAAGCCGGUCGAGCCAGACAACUGCUGCAUGAGCGGGUGCAUCAACUGUGUGUGGGAGAUGUACAACGACGACGUCAAGGACUGGAAUACAAAGCGGAAAAAGGCUGCUGCAGAGAUGGUCAAGCGAGGAGGUAUUUGGCCAGCGGACUUCCAUCCGCCUGUGCGUUAUCUCAAGAAAGAAAACUUGCCUCAGUCUGUGCGGCAGUCUGCAGAGGCAAGGAAACCGGCGGACGAAGAAUGGGGCAACGUGCCGGUUUCCAUUCGAGUCUUUGCUGAAAUGGAGAGGAAAAAGAAGUUGCAGAAGCAGAAACGGGAACAGAACGCAACGCCGUAG